AUGCUUCAAAGCCUUGUUGUGCUCUUUGCUGCCUUUCUGUUUGACACAAGAAUUUGUCAUGCAGCGGAAGCAGAGCUGAGAAUCACCACAAUAAUGCAAGAGCCCUACACCAUGUCAAAAGGCCUAGAGCUGGAGGGGUUCUGCAUGGACUUGCUUCGUGAAGUGGCCAAAAAAGUGGGCUUCAAAUACAAAGUUCAGCUGGUAAAGGAUGGCUCCUAUGGCAGAGUGGACGAGAGCGGGCACUGGAACGGGAUGAUUGGAGAAGUUGUCAGAGGGGAGGCGGACCUGGCCUUUGCUCCUCUCACUCUCACAGCAGCUCGGGAGAAGGCUGUAGGGAUGACCAAACCUUUCAUGCAGACGGGAAUCAGCAUCCUGCUCCGUAGAGACAGCUCAGAACACCAGAGCUCCUUCAGCUUCCUCUCCCCCUUCAACACUCAGACAUGGAUCAGCCUGUUAGUGGCCCUUCUCGGAACUGCAGCGUGCAUGUAUCUACUCGCACGGUUGAGUCCAUGUGAAAGUGAGAACAAGUUCAGCGUUGUGCAAAGUGUGUGGUACACAGUUGGAAGUUUGACUUUACAAGGUGCUGGUCCUCAUCCUAAAUCUCUCUCUGGUCGUGUGGUCUGCUGCUCUUGGUGGAUAUUUACAUUGUUCCUUUUGGCUCAUUAUUUUACAAUCCUGAGCUCCUCCAACUCCUCACAGUCUUCUUCAGUCACAGUGAAAGGAUUUGAAGAUCUGGCCGAUCAGGGAACGAUGGAGUAUGGGUGCCUGGCGGGAUCAUCCACUCUUGCUUUCUUCAAGAAUUCCAAUAGCAUGGUCCAUCGAAGGAUUUACGAGCACAUGGAGAGGAGUAAGAGCUUUGUCACGUCCAUGGACGAGGGGGUGCGCAGGGCCAAAGAGGGAAACUUCGCCUUCAUCGGGGAGUCCGUGUCCCUGGACUUGGCUGUGGCUCGUCACUGUGAUCUGGUCCGCACUCACGAGGUCAUCGGGAUGAGAGGAUACAGCAUUGCAACACCCAUUGGUUCUCCUCUCAUUAAGAACCUGAGUGUGGCCAUUCUGCAGCUGAGUGAGGCAGGGGAGCUGGCCUAUCUGCGCAACAAGUGGUGGGCCAGCCACUGCUUGGACCAGGACCACAGUGGGACCACACAGGGGCCUUCCCACGGACUUAAGGGGCUGUUCCUGCUCCUGUCCCUGGGUUUAGGCCUGGGGCUCCUCCUGGCGGUACUGGAGCUCAUCAGCUACUGCCGAACCAGAGCAGCAGAACAGAAGAAACCGUGUUGCUCUGUGCUGAUCGAACAGCUACGUCUGCGCUUCAAGACCAACAAAGCAAGACCGCAGGAAACAGAUGAAAAUAAUAAGGACAAAGCAUAA